AAGCAGCUGAGAGAACCAUGUUCUCCUUCAUGGUUCUCCUCCUCCUGGUUCCUCAUGUUCUGCUGUCCUCGAUACAUGAAGCAGUCAUCUCCCCUCAGGAUCCCGUCCUGCGUAUCGGCUCCAGCCUGACGGCCACGUGCACGCUGAGCCCCGAGCUGGGCCUCCACGCCAGCACGUUGUACUGGACCCUGAACGGGAUGAGUCUGUCCAGCAGCACCUACAGCGUGCUGAGCCCCGACGCCGUCAGCGUCACGCUUCACAACCUCAACGGCUCCCAGCAGCAGUCUGGAGACAACCUGGUGUGUCACGGAGCAGACGGACACGUCCUGGCUGGUUCGUGUCUCUACGUGGGUAGGCCGCCAGAGAAGCCAGUCAAUUUAACUUGUUGGUCCCACAACACAAAGGACUUGAGCUGCAAGUGGAGCCCGGGGGGGCGGGGUGAGACCCACGUCCAAACCAAAUACACCCUCAAGUAUAAAUUGAGGUGGUAUGGGAGAGAGAAGGAGUGUGAAAUGUACAGCACAUGGAAGCAGCGUUACUCCUGCUACAUUCCCCGCAACCUCGCCCUCUUCACCCCGUAUGAGAUCUGGGUGGAGGCGGCCAAUCAGCUGGGCUCUGCCACCUCUGACGUCACCACCCUGGACAUCCUCGAUGUAGUGACCACUGACCCUCCUGCCAACGUGCAGGUGAGUCGCGUCGGCGACCUUGAGGACCAGCUGACGGUCCGCUGGGCCAGCCCCCCCGAGCUCAAGGACAUCCUGUUUCAGGCCAAAUACCAGAUACGCUACAGACUGGAGGACAGCACAGAAUGGAAGGUGGUGGAUGAUGUCGGUAACCAGACGUCGUGUCGGCUCGCAGGCCUCCAGCCCGGGACCGUCUAUUUCGUCCAGGUGAGGUGCAAUCCAGUGGGCAUCUACGGCUCCAGGAAGCCCGGCAUCUGGAGUGACUGGAGCCACCCGGCUGCCGCCUCCACACCCAGCAAUAAGAGGCUGCAGAGCGACUCCUGCGAUCCUAAGCCCGGUGAGCAGAACUCCACCCUGCGGCGGGAACUCAAGCAGUUCUUCGGCUGGGUCCGCAAGCACGCGUCCGGCUGCAGCGGCAUGUCGAUCAAACUGUACGACCAGUGGAGGGUGUGGCUGCAGAAAUCACACAGAACUCGCAACCAGAUUCUACAAGACGAUAAUUCAUAGCAGCGCCG